UAAUGUGGCCAAGCGUAGAGCAAUGAAGGAAAAAUGAUAAUUGGCACGAUGCCUAUUCACCCAUCUAUAGAUGACUGCAUUAUAUGAGGACAAGGAAAUUAAAAUCGUGUGCAUGUGUAAUGAGUGUAACCGAUACACUAAGCUAUAGGGAAAUAUGAGCAAAAUGUCAGCAAAGAAUUCAAGUGCAAAUAAACAAAUCAUUCGUUCGCUCUCAUCUGAAAGUCAAAAGAAAGAUUGGUCCAAACGUUUGUCAUUGCGUGGCAUACGGCAUUACGGUGUCGGUGGCAUUGGUGGCGGUGGGUCUGCCGCUGCUGCCAGUGGUAGCACAAAUUCCAGCAAAGAGGAAUCUAGAAAACAUAAAUUCUUUAAUCGUUCAUCAUCUUUAAAGCAAUCUACCAACUCGCAGUUGCAGCAACCUUCGGCAUUAGAUUCAAAUGUUCAAAGUUCAACAGGCACCUUAUCGCAGAUGCAGGCCCCAUCAACACCCAAAAAAUCAAAUUGGGAAGUUAUCGAACACUUUAAUACUAGUUCGAAAGGUGGUAAAGCCGUCGUUAGCAGUAGUUUGAUAGCGGCCGGCAUAACACGAUGCAAUAUCGAUGAAUCCUUGGACUCUACAAAUUCUAGUUCAACGUGCCAAAGUCCAAUGGUCUAUCAACGUGACGAAGCUCAUCUACUGCAACAAAAUUCGGAUGCCUCGGAUACAGCUCGUAAUACGGAAGCAAAUACGAAUACGACUACUGUUAUAAGUCCAAGCAUUUCAUUUUGGUUUCGCUUAAAUCGCGUCGUAUUACGCUUGUGUAGCGCGCAUCAGUUUAAAAAUUUACAGGUGGAAAUGCUCUAUCAACGCUAUUUUUUGCGCAUGAAUCAAAGUACCACCACACACGUAUUAUUAUUAUUACUGGCUUUAAUUGUGGCGCUCACUAGCGCUCAUAUUCUAUUUUGCACCGUGCAAAUGAAACGUUAUUUGACAACAAACGUAACUGAAUUUCAAAGUCAGCCGACUGAUAAUUUGCAUACUUCCGUUGUUUCGGCGGAGGCAGCAUUAUAUCAGUUGCCAUUACCACCGACACCCGACAUACCUCAGCAAGCAGCCAUAAAUUACACAAACCACCAAAAAAACGAAAAUCUCCAUGAGAAUUAUCAGCAGCGUCAAGUUGCAGAUAACUUAAGUUCAACUAUGAAAACUUCACAGUCACAACGUUUAAGAAAUGUUAAUUUAAUACAUGAGUUACCGAGCGGUGCGAAUAGUUUUUUACAUUCUGCCCAACGACAACAAUAUCAACAAUACCGCGAAUUAUAUUCGCCAUUGCUUUCGCGUGGCGAUUCAUGGGAACGUCGAAAACGUAAUAAACAAUUACAUGGACCUUCUCGCAAACAUCGCUGUAAACGUUUAAGCAUACAAAUAACUAAGCCAUACACAACGUCAAUGAUGUAUCACAGUAGGUUGUUUAAAGAGAGUUAUCAUACUAUUGCUCCUACUACUCCUUCCAGUUUGAACAGCCAAUCAAAUAUAGAGCUUGAAGGAGCAUAUAGGCAACGGGAAGUGCAGCAGCAGACUGCAACUGGUAACCAUAACAAUAGAUUAGCGGUAACAGAAGAAGAACUUCCCGCCAGGAUAGAUAAAGAUAAAGAUAACAGGCAAUCAUUGGCUGAGAGAAAAAUUCAUAAAAAAAUUAUGAAGAGUAUCCCAAUACCAUUCAUAUCGCGCCAACAAGAAAUGAAAUUCAAACGUUGGUUAACUGAAAUGCAUCAGCAAUCAUCAAAGAGACGCUACAAGCGUUACAUUCCCAUGAAAGUUAAAAAGCAUUCAAUGAACACAUUCCAGGAAUUUUUGCAACCAACAACAAACUUUUAUACGUUGUCGUCAGAUAGGAUGAUGCAUAACAAAGUAGUUAAUCAACGCAAUAAUUUACUCUCAAAACAUGUUAAUCAGCAACAACAGCAUGGAGAAGAUCUACAAAAAAAACAACAACAACAACAACAACAACAACAACAACAACAAGAGCACAACAACCGUAACGAAGAGUUUCCCAUCAUUUCAAUGGCUUUGACAGGCAGUAGUGGCAGGAUAAGUAGCAGUUUGAGUGAUAAGAUUGCACUUAACAAACUUAUCGUCAGCUCGUCAAACAACAAUCCUUCAAUCACCACAUCAACAAAUCCUGAUAACAUUUUUUCAAGUCCUGUACAUUCUUCAGCUGAGGCUACAUUCAUUUACGUUCCAAACACAAGCGAUAAUAAUGAUAACGAUAAUAAUGAUAAUCACAACAAUGAUGAUAAUAAUGAUAAAAAUGCUGAGGAUAGAAAACAAAUCGAUUACUUUUGGGCCAUAAUUGCGAACAUUGAUGAGAAAUUGUUAGUUUUCUUCAUAGUGAUGGCCGUCUGCAUAUCCAUUUAUUCGUUCCUGCUAUGCAUCCUCUCUAAGCCAGCGGUGAACGAAAUAUUUUUAGUUUUGGUAUCGUAUGUCAUUGUUGGAACAUUUGUCGCCAUUGAAAUUGUGGUGGGGUACGCUACACUGCCAAGUAAAUCUUUUAAUGGCAGUGUUUGUUGUGCCAUUUUUAUCUACAUGACAUAUACAAUGUUACCGUUACGUUUGCGAGAAUCGUUGGUCGGUGGUUUUAUAUUAUCGAGCAUACACAUCUAUACAAGCUUACGUUACGCUGAUGGUAUAUUUUACUGGCAAGAGUUAUUUUGUACGCUAAUGGCUCUGUUUUUAUCAAACCUAACUGGAAUUUAUACACACUGGCCAAAGGAAAAAGCGCAGCGUAAAGCCUUCAUUGAAACUCGACAGUGCAUUGAGGCUCGUUUACGUACACAACGCGAAAAUCAACAGCAGGAACGUCUCUUAUUGUCAGUGUUGCCGCGACAUGUUGCGAUGGAAAUGAAAGACGAUAUAGCCGGACAACCGCGUGACACACAAUUUCACAAAAUUUAUAUACAACGACAUGACAAUGUCAGCAUAUUGUUUGCUGAUAUUUGCGGUUUUACUAGCCUCUCCGAUCAAUGUACCGCUGAGGAAUUAGUACGCUUGCUGAAUGAAUUAUUCGCCAGAUUUGAUCGUUUGGCAUCUGAACACCAUUGUUUACGCAUUAAAUUAUUAGGAGAUUGUUAUUACUGCGUUUCGGGUUUACCUGAACCUCGACCUGAUCAUGCUCAUUGUGCCGUUGAAAUGGGUUUAGAUAUGAUCGAUGCAAUAGCUUUGGUACGUGAGGUAAUGGCGGUAAAUGUGAAUAUGCGCGUUGGCAUACAUACGGGUCGUGUUCAUUGUGGUGUUUUGGGUCUCGUCAAGUGGCAAUUUGAUGUGUGGUCAAAUGAUGUAACUCUAGCAAAUCAUAUGGAAAGUGGUGGUAUACCAGGACGUGUUCAUAUAACCAAAGAAACUCUAACAUGCCUGGAUGGUGAUUACGAAGUGGAGGUAGGGAAAGGUGCCGAACGUAAUUCAUAUUUAAAAGAUCAUCAAAUUGAAACCUAUCUUAUAAUACCGGGUGAUAUUUACAGACCGCAUAAAAAGUCACGGAAUCGUUUACAAGUUAAUGGCAAUAUAUCGAAGGAAUUACGCAUGAUGGGACAUGGCAGUAUGCAGAAAAACACUUCCAAAUUUGGUUUUAACGAUAAUACAGAAUUGACUAAGGAUCCUGAAGACGAAGUCAAUGAAUAUUUAAUGAGAGCCAUAGACGCUCGAAGUAUCGAUCAUUUAAGAGCUGAGCACUGCAAAUCGAUUCUAUUAUCAUUCAAAGACAAAAAUCUGGAGAAAAAGUAUGCCACCGAACCAGAUCGCCUGUUAAGUGUUUACUUCUAUUGCAGUCUUAUUGUGCUUUUGGGCACCAGUGCUAUGCGUUUAACGAUCUUUCAAAUCAACAUUUAUACUGUCGUUACAACGUGUGUGGUUAUCGCUUUAUUGUUUAUCCUAACAUUGUUGGUGGCGUGCCGCGAUUUCACUGACGAAUUCCCCAGUAGCAUCAAACGAUUUUCAUUAAAAAUUCAUAGCAAUCGUAUGCUAUCACAAUGUUUUGCAUUUUUAACAGUUGCAUUGAUUGCUCUUACAACCGGACUAUCGAUGAUACAAGAGAUUUUUUUAAAUAACGCCAACCAACUAAUUGCAAGUUCUGCUAAGGUAUACACAAUAGUUGAACAAGAGGAAAACGAUAGCAUGAACAUAACUACUCUGCCCGAGACAUUCUUGCUGUUAACCCUAUUGUCGAUGAUGACCUGUGCAACUUAUCAAGUUUUGCGUAUAUUAUUAAAGUUAAUUUUACUUGUGUUGGCCGCAGCAUUCUAUAUAAGUUCCUCAAUGUAUUUACUUGCGCGCAAAGAAAUUCGAUUAACGUUGCUCAACGAAGAGGCACUGCUGCGUUACAUAAUUGACUCAAUAUUUCUUUUUGCAUUUAUGUUGACAUUGAUUUUUCAUAGCCACCAGACUGAGGCCACCUAUCGCUUAGACUUUAUAUGGAAGUUACAAGCAACUGAGGAGAAAGAAGAUAUGGAACACUUGCAGGCUUAUAAUCGCAAACUAUUAGAGAACAUCUUGCCAGUGCAUGUAGCUGAACAUUUUCUUAGUCGCGACAAAAAUAUUGAUGAUUUAUAUCAUGAACAAUGCGAAAGCGUCUGCAUAUUGUUCGCUUCGAUACCUAAUUUUAGCGAAUUUUAUGUAGAACUUGAAGCAAAUAACGAAGGCGUCGAAUGUUUACGUUUGCUAAACGAAAUCAUUGCCGACUUUGAUGAAUUAUUAAGUGAGGAUCGCUUUCGGUACAUUGAAAAAAUUAAAAGCACUGGAGCCACUUAUAUGGCCGCUUCGGGUCUCACCGCACAAACUUGCGAUCAAAUUAAUUAUCGUCAUGUUACGGCUAUGGCCGAUUACGGUCUCCAGUUAUUCGAUAAAAUCGAAGAAGUCAAUAUGCAUUCAUUCAAUAACUUUAGAUUGAGAAUCGGUAUAAAUAUUGGAGCAGUGGUGGCGGGGGUUAUUGGUGCUCGAAAACCCCAAUAUGAUAUAUGGGGUAAUGCCGUAAAUGUUGCAUCACGCAUGGAUUCAACUGGGUUAGUGGAUCAUAUACAGGUUACUGAGGAAAUUUAUCAAAUACUAAAACCACGUGGCUACGACUUGACAUGCCGCGGCAGUAUUAAUGUAAAAGGCAAAGGCACGAUGAUAACAUAUUUUCUUAAGGGGCAGUCAGCGGUGAAUCAAGUUAAGGAGUCCAUUGUCAUAGCCGACUCGCAAUCCGAAAAGGAAAAAACUUUAAAGAUUGAAGUUACUCAAGAAGAAAAUGUAAGAUUUGAUGAGUCUAAAGCUAAAAAUUUACUUGACGAUAGACAGCAAAAUGCCGAACCGGAAUUAACUAUGUCCAAUCAGGUUAGCAGUACAUUUACGGAAUCCGAGGAUCUAUCACCCGACAUCGAUGUUAAUCCAAAUAUGAAUAGUGUGACGGCUGAACGACGUAAAUCUUUGUGCCGGCAGCAUAAUAUAUCUUCAUCGUUUGGAACUACGGUGAGUUCUUCUGGUAUUUCUGUGACACCCUGUAUAUCCAACAGUUCCAGUGUAGUGACCGUAGGCACCCUACCCACCUUUGCAAAAAACAAUUCCACCUCUGUGGAUAAUACCUCUUCCGAAGGAGCAAGUGUUUUCAGUAAAGUUAACUUUGUACCUCGUACAGCUUUAGAUGACAUACGAGAUAACGUCGACAGCGACAAGGCAACGCAAUUACGCGAUUCCAUUGAGAAUUUGGAAAUUCUACUUAAAAAUAAUAUCAGUUUAUCGGACUUGAAUAGUAAGCAACAAUUGAAUUUGCGCUCAUCAGAAACCAGUAAAAGUUUCAACAAGAAAGAUACAAUAGUCAAUUACAAAUUGGAAGAGCAUAUAAGGCGACAACAUAAGUCAGAUGCCAAUAAUAUCGUUACAACUAUCAAUAGUAGUAUGAGUGCAACCAUUACCGAAGAUCAUACUAUCGUCAGUUUGCCCUCACCGUUAAAUAAUAAUCUCCUCUUAGAUGGUCAACGAUUAUUGGCUUACAGUGCUAGAGGCAACGAUUGCACUAAAUGGCUUAAGGUAAGCCGAAAAAGACGUUUUAAAACUUCUCAAAGUCUUAGUCCUUUAGAAGUCAACAACAAACUAUACCCUUUGCCCAAUAGCCGUAGUAUGAUUAUUAUAACUAACAAUUCAUCGCAAAAUUCUAUACAAUCAUCGCCCACUGCACAAAUUAAUUCAAUAUUCUGUACAAAAGAGUGAAGUGAGGUGAGUACUUAA